AUGGCGGAAAAAGACCUUGGAAAGGCGGAGGAGGCCAUUGCUGCCAACCAUCACACUGAGCAGGCUGAUCCUGCUUAUCGCAACUCUAUCGAUACCGACUCGACACGCCACGGCCCUGCUGAGCAAAGCAACGGUGGCGUAUCUAUUGAGCAAGCUGAGGCUGAGUUCGCUGAGCUUCAGAGAGAGUUUACUGGUGUCUCGAGAGCUAGCAGAAGGAAGAGCAGAGCUAGCGUCGGCGAUCCUGAAAAGAACGCCCAUGCUGAAGAUAAUGAGGUCGAGUCCAUCUUUGAUCUUGAGGCUGCUCUUCGUGGCGGUCUUGAUCGGGAGAGGGAGGUUGGCAUCAAGUCCAAGCACAUUGGUGUCUACUGGAACGACCUGACCGUCAAGGGCUAUGGUGGCAUGUCCAAUUUUGUGCCUACCUUUCCCGAUGCCUUUGUGAAUUUCUUCGACGUUAUCACCCCUGUUAUUCGAAUGCUCGGUCUCGGCCCCAAGCCUGAGCAGGUCGCCCUUCUCGAUAGGUUCAAGGGUGUUUGCAAGCCCGGCGAGAUGGUACUUGUUCUAGGCAAACCCGGCUCAGGAUGUACCACAUUCCUCAAGACCAUCGCCAACCAGCGCUGGGGCUACACCGCAGUUGAGGGCGAGGUUCUGUACGGAAAGUGGAAGAACACCGAAUUCGACCAGUACCGUGGUGAAGCUGUAUACUCCGCCGAAGACGACAUUCACCACCCCACCCUUACUGUUGAGCAGACCCUUGGCUUUGCUCUCGAUACGAAGAUGCCCAAGUUGAGACCUGGAAACAUGUCCAAGCAGGAGUUCAAGGAGAGUGUUAUCACUACGCUUCUUAAGAUGUUCAACAUUGAGCAUACCCGCCACACCAUCGUUGGUGACCAUUUCGUCCGUGGAGUCAGUGGUGGUGAGAGAAAGCGAGUCAGUAUCGCAGAGGCUAUGAUCUGCAGUGGUGCAGUCUUCUCGUGGGAUAACUCCACUCGAGGUCUUGACGCCAGUACCGCUCUCGAUUUUGCCAAGUCCCUGCGAAUCCAGACCAACCUGUACAAGACCACCACUUUCGUCUCCCUGUAUCAGGCUUCCGAGAACAUCUACAACCUUUUCGACAAGGUUAUGGUUAUUGACGGCGGCAAGGAGGUCUACUUUGGCCCAGCAGCCUCUGCCCGUAGCUAUUUCGAGAGCCUUGGCUUCGCCCCUCGUCCCCGCCAGACCAGCGCCGACUACCUGACAGGCUGCACGGAUGCCUUCGAGAGGGAGUACGCCCCGGGUCGCUCCGAGGAAAACACCCCUCACGACCCUGAGACUCUCGAGCAGGCCUUCAAGAAAUCCGAUGCUUUUAAGUCCUUGGAAGCCGAGAUGGCUGAGUACAAGGCUUCUCUCGCACACGAAGAGGAAACGCAUAACAACUUCCAGCUCGCUGUGAAGGAGGGAAAGCGUGGAACAUCCAAGCGUUCAGUCUACCAAGUUGGCUUCCAUCUGCAGGUCUGGGCCCUUAUGAAGCGCCAGUUCACUCUCAAGCUGCAGGAUCGAUUCAACCUCUUCGUUGGAUGGUUCCGCAGCAUCGUUAUCGCCAUUGUCCUCGGAACCCUCUACCUCAAUCUCGGAAAGACUUCAGCUAGUGCAUUCAGCAAGGGAGGUCUGCUCUUUGUAGCCCUUCUUUUCAAUGCUUUCCAGGCCUUUUCGGAACUCGCUAGUACUAUGACCGGCAGAACGAUUGUGAACAAGCACAAGGCAUAUGCGUUCCACCGACCCUCAGCUUUAUGGAUUGCUCAGAUCUUCGUCGACCAGGUUUUUGCUGCCUCGCAGAUCUUGGUCUUCAGUAUUAUCGUGUACUUCAUGACCAACCUGGUCCGAGACGCCGGCUCCUUCUUUACAUUCUAUCUCAUGAUUCUAUCGGGAAAUAUUGCGAUGACUCUGUUCUUUAGAAUUAUUGGCUGCAUAUCGCCAGGAUUUGAUCAGGCUAUCAAGUUUGCUGUUGUUGUCAUCACAUUGUUCGUAGUCACGUCAGGCUACAUUAUCCAAUAUGAACAAGAGCAGGUCUGGCUCCGAUGGAUCUUCUGGAUCAAUCCCCUUGGACUGAGUUUCUCGGCAAUGAUGAUGAAUGAGUUCAAAUCCCUGGAAAUGACCUGCACGGCAGACAGUCUGAUCCCCGCGGGCCCCCAAUACACCGAUAUCAACCACCAAGUUUGCACGCUUGCUGGCUCGAAAGCCGGUACCACCCUCGUCUCUGGCAGCGACUACGUUGCUCAAGGCUUCUCUUACCAUGUUGGAGAUCUGUGGAGAAACUGGGGCAUUGUCAUGUCUCUUAUUGUCUUCUUCCUUAUCCUCAACGUCGUCCUCGGAGAAUUCGUCAACUUCGGCAUGGGAGGAAAUGCUGCCAAGGUCUAUGCUAAGCCCAACAAGGAGAGAAAGGUUCUCAAUGAGAAACUCGCGGCUAAGAAAGAUGGUCGCACCAAGGACAAGUCCAACGAAGAGGGCUCCGAAAUCACCAUCAAGUCUGAGAGGGUACUCACUUGGGAGAACCUCAACUAUGACGUUCCUGUACCAGGAGGCGAACGCCGACUUCUUAACAACGUCUUCGGUUAUGUUCGCCCAGGUGAGCUUACCGCUCUGAUGGGUGCCUCCGGUGCCGGAAAGACUACUCUUCUGGAUGUCCUCGCAGCACGCAAGAACAUUGGUGUUAUCUCCGGAGAUAUCCUCAUCGACGCUAUGAAGCCAGGCAAGACCUUCCAGCGAUCCACUUCAUAUGCCGAACAGCUCGAUGUUCACGAGCCUACUCAGACCGUCCGUGAGGCCUUCCGUUUCUCUGCUGAACUCCGACAGCCAUUCCACGUGCCUAUGGAGGAGCGCUAUGCCUAUGUCGAAGAGAUCAUCUCCCUUCUCGAGAUGGAGUCCAUCGCCGACGCUAUCAUUGGAACCCCUGAAUUUGGUCUUACUGUCGAACAGCGAAAGCGUGUCACUAUCGGUGUCGAGCUUGCUGCCAAGCCUGAACUGAUGCUUUUCCUCGAUGAGCCUACUUCCGGUCUUGACAGUCAGAGUGCCUUCAACAUCGUCCGCUUCCUCAAAAAGCUCGCUGCUUCAGGCCAGGCUAUUCUUUGCACUAUUCAUCAACCCAACGCCGCUCUGUUCGAGAACUUCGAUCGUCUUCUUCUGCUCCAGCGCGGUGGUCGCACCGUUUACUUUGGCGAUAUUGGCAAGGAUGCUCACGUUCUGCGAAGCUAUCUCAAGAGCCAUGGCGCUGAGGCUGGCCCUACUGAUAACGUUGCUGAGUACAUGCUUGAAGCCAUUGGUGCCGGAAGCGCUCCCCGUGUUGGAGACCGUGACUGGGCCGAUAUCUGGGAGGACAGCGCCGAGUUUGCUGAUGUUAAGGAGACCAUUAUUCGACUAAAGCGCGAGCGUCAGGCUGCUGGUGCCGCGGUCACUGUCAACGAUCCUGAGCUGGAGAAGGAAUAUGCUUCUCCGUUCAAGCAUCAGAUGAUGGUUGUUUGCAAGCGCAUGUUCCUGUCUUUCUGGCGAUCCCCUGACUACAUCUUCACUCGAAUCUUCAGUCACGUCGCUGUCGCCCUUAUCACUGGUCUCAUGUACUUGAACCUCGACAACUCUCGUUCGUCACUGCAGAACCGAGUCUUCAUCAUGUUCCAGGUUACUGUUCUGCCCGCUCUCAUCAUCACACAAGUCGAAGUCAUGUUCCACAUCAAGCGAGCUCUCUUCUUCAGAGAGCAGUCAUCGAAGAUGUACUCACCCUUUGUCUUCUCCUCAUCCGUUGUCCUGGCUGAGUUACCCUACUCGAUCAUGUGUGCGGUCGCUUUCUAUCUCCCAAUUUACUUCAUGCCCGGACUCCAGACCGAGCCUUCUCGAGCAGGAUUCCAGUUCUUCAUUAUCCUAAUCACUGAGUUGUUCUCAGUCACGCUGGGACAGGCCCUCGCCAGUAUCACCCCCUCACCCUUCAUCUCGGCGCAAUUUGAUCCAUUCAUCAUCAUCAACUUCGCCUUGUUCUGUGGUGUUACGAUCCCCAAGCCUCAAAUUCCUGGUUUCUGGCGUGCCUGGAUGUACCAACUGGACCCUUUCACCCGUCUGAUCAGCUCCAUGGUCACAACUGCCCUCCACGGUGUUGAGGUUGUCUGCAAGCAAAGCGAACUCAACCGCUUCACUUCGCCUUCUAACAGUACUUGUGGAGAGUACAUGGAGCCCUUCUUCGCCAAUGGCGGUCGUGGCUAUCUUGUCAAUGACGACACAAGGGACUGCGAGUAUUGCGCGUACAAGGUGGGCGAUGAGUUUUACAGUACCUUUGAUCUCUCUUUCAACAAUCGCUGGAGAGAUUUGGGGAUCUAUGCUUGCUUCAUCGCAAGUAACUUAAUCAUCAUUAUCUUGGCGAGCCGCUUCCUCAACUUCAACCGACGCUAA